UCCUAUUAUGCCGUUUCUACUUUUCUAGUUUUCAGAUCCCGAAUUCAGAAGUUCAUUUUUUUCAUAGAUCAGAGUUAAUUUCAUGUUUAUAACAAGUACAUUUUCUGGAUCCUUGUGAUCUGUAGCCUUUUUCAAUAAUUUGGAUUAAUGAUGAUUUAUAAGAUUUUUUUAAACAUUUGAAUAGUAGAUCUUAUUAUGUUGUUUUAACUUACCUUAACUUUUUAAUUUAAUUUGUUAUUUUUAUUUUUUUUGGUCUCUAAGAUCACGUGCAUGACUGUUCUUUAACCUUGGGAGAUAAUUGUUAGCAACAAUUUUAAUCUUGAAAUAUUUGAGUGGCUCUCAUUCAUGUUUGUACUAUAAGCAAUAAGUCAAACAGUCCCAAUCCUAUCUGAGAUAGCUUUGUUCAUACUUCACAUAAUAUCAUCUUUAGAGUGUGAUCUUUAUAUUCCCAUUGUCGUGUUGCCACCACUUUCAAUGCUUACCAUCACACCUCUAGUGGAUGUUAAACUUUCUAUCAUGAGGGAUUAUGAUCUACCCAGCAGUUGAUGGUAAUCCUUGUAUUUGAUCAAAUGUAUGGAACAUUAUUUUCUUGAUUAUCUAUUUUAGAAAAAGAAGGUACUUGAUAUCUUAAAAACCUAUUAGUUCUGUGAGAACCAUUCCUUAUCAUUUGAAGCAUUAAUGAGGUUUUUAAUAUGUAAGCACUGAGUAGCUGAACCAUCUUCAGGAAAGUCGUAUAUAGCUGUUUGUAGCACCAAAUUCUUGACUGUGGAUCAUCAAUAUAUUAGCUUUAAUCUCAAUUUUCAAUGUUUCAUGUUGCAUAGGAUCUAAUUGCGGAUCUACCAUAGUGCAUAAAUAUUGCUUUUCAUCUAUAGUUUAGAGUAAAUUUUUGUGAUUAUGGAAUCACGGAACAGAUUUCCAACUCAUAGGCAAGUGUGUUUAUUACUAUAUGUAGUUGCUACAUCGUACUUGAGGCCCUCAUAUGGAAUAAGCUUUUUUUUCAUCAUGGCAGAGGUGAUAUGUUGAGAUAUAUUGAGCUUAUGAUACUUGUAGAUGCAACAUAUUUUUUAAUAGCAAGAAAGUCAGAAACUAAGACUUUAGAAGCUGAUGCUUAUGUUAGUAGUAGACUAACAGAGGUGCUAGGCUGGAGUUGUCUCUAAGGUACACAACAGCAGCAAUGGGAAGUCCAGUCAGGGUGACUUGAAGAUAUGAAAGUUUUGAGCAUAACUCUUACAAUAUUGUUAUAUGGACAGAAUCCCUGUUAAUGUGAACAAGUUUGUUGCCAGUUAGAUUUCUGGACUACAACUUAGCCAAAAGGUCGGUGGUAGAGAUUGCCUUCCUAUUUCCAUUUAUUUUCUGACACAUGAAUAACUUUUUUGUAGGACACAGUCAGUCUUGUUUAAUUAAUUCAAUGCCGAUCUAGCCUAUGAUGCACUCUUCAGUUGCAAGAAUAUGCAUUGCAGGGCAAUUACAGUGCUGCAAUUUCAUGUGCUACUACCAUCUGUAUUCUAUUAUGGUUUUUGGAGCAAAAUUGUUGGUUUCGCUUGAUAGUUACUCAUUUCAUUUGAUGUGUCAUUGUAAAACAGCUUCCAAAUUUGCCAAAGUCUGAGGAGUUCCUAUGCUUCCUGACUAACAUUUUGGAUGAUGGACUCUGUUAAACUUAUUCACAAUGAAGAGUUACUAAAUUGCAAUAAAGAGUGUACUGCAGAGGUAUGUGAUGAUCAAAUAACUUAUACAGCCUCCCCUCAUAAAAAUAAUGCCUAUGGAGAUCCACUAGUUCUUCCUCGUUUAGGAGAUCAAUAUCAGGUUCAAAUUCCAUCCCUAAUCACAGAAUUUGAACAUGAUCAGCUGCGAGAUAGACCAAUAAAAGGUGAUGACAUACUUGGUUUAGAGUCUAUAGACUAUUCCACUCAAAACACUUUAGCCAUCCCAAUUAUGUGGGUAUAUUAUGGAGGUGGUAAUAUCAGACACGAGCAGCAAGAUUGUUCUGCCACCACAAGUUGUAGUAAAAGAUCUGGGUCAGUGAACUUAAUAUAUAAAGUCGAUGGUGGAAUUAAUCCCAAAUGCAGUAUAACAAGUGGUUUUCCACCUGACAGUUCAAACAAUUACAAUACAUUUCCUCAAGGUACAAAACCUGAACAUCCAGAUGACUUCUUAGAACAUGGUAAAGAACUUUUUAGAUCCACUAGCCAGGAAGACACGAACCCAUAUGAUCAGAUGGAUUUUUGUUUACUCUGGUUGGACGAAGGUUGCAAUCCAGUGCCUGAUUUACCAAUUAUCUCUUGGAAUGAUGCUGAAGUACAGAGUUUUCUCCUUGGUCUCUACAUUUUCGGGAAAAAUCUUGUUCAGGUGGGGAAAUUUAUGGAGAGCAAAAGUAUGGGUGAGAUAUUAUCAUUCUAUUAUGGAAAAUUUUAUAGGUCCAACGCAUACCGCAGAUGGUCAGAAUGCCGAAAGAUGAGAAGCAGGCGGUAUAUAUAUGGACAACGAAUUUUUACAGGCUGGAGACAACAAGAACUAUUAUCACGUUUGCUGCAGGUCAUAUCUGAGGAAGUUCAACAUAAUCUGCUGGAGGUUAUCAAGACCUUCAGUGAGGGAAGGGUUUCUUUGGAGGAAUUUGUCUUAAAUUUGAAGGCCUUGGUUGGUAUGGAGGUUCUAGUAGAAGCUAUAGGAAUUGGUAAGGGAAAGCAUGACCUGACUGGAUUUGUAUCAGAUCCAGUUAGAGCAAAUCCAGUUAACCCUAUCCUACCAAUUGGCAAAGCUUUUUCCUCUCUUACAAAUGAAGACAUCAUCAAGUUUCUAACAGGAGGUUUCAGGCUAAGCAAAGCAAGGUCCAAUGAGAUCUUCUGGGAAGCUGUUUGGCCCCGUUUACUUGCAAGCGGGUGGCAUUCUGAGCAGCCCAAGGGUCAUAGUUCUGUUGGUUCCAAAAAUGCUUUGGUAUUUCUUGUCCCUGGUAUCAACAAGUUCUCCAGGAGAAAACUUGUGAAGGGAAACCACUAUUUUGAUUCUGUCACUGAUGUCUUGAAUAAAGUUGUAGCAGAACCAAGGCUUCUUGAGCUUGAGGCCGAAGGAGCUAAAGGAAGUAACACCACUGAAGGCAAAUUUCCAUGGGAUGUAAGAACCAAAUCGGACCAAAAUUGUCUGUUUGAUCAUCAGCAUCAACGCUAUCUGUGUCCAAGAGUUCCAGGUAUCAAUGCAGAACUCAUGAAGUUCACUGUCGUGGAUACCAGUUUUAUUGAAGGUGAGAUGCAAUCCAAUGUGAGAGAACUGCGAAGCUUACCUGUUGAUGCUGUUUGUAGCUACGGUCCUAUCAGUCAGACAGGAGAAACAUAUAGUGAUAGCUCAAUGGAGCAGCCAGAUUCAUCUGAUACAUCAUCUAAUGAUCAUGGGGGUUCCAAUAGAGGCAUAUCUAAUGACAAGAAUCAGGGGAAUGGAAGGGGCAACUUUCAAAGGGGUAUGCUGUCUGACCUAUCUGAUUGUUUGCUUACUGUCUCAGCGGAAAGGAUUUCAGCAGAUGGACAUGAUAUCAAGGAACAGUACCAUGUUCCAUUCAGUGAUAAGAAUCCAGUGAGGGAUAUCAAGUGUCAGUACAAUCGCAGGGUAAAAUCUGGCCAAAGAAACUAUAUAGCUCCUGCUUCAAAGCGGCAGAAGUUACCUUCCUGUGACUGUGUAGAAACUGGUUUUGGCCUUGACAGUUUUCCAAAAAGUCAUGGGUCAAAGGAGGAGGAUCAUUGUAAACUGAAAUCACACGAUGCAGGUGAGACGAUCCAAGUGGACACUGGCAUACGUCAGGGGAAGAUCCCUGCUGGCCCAGAGGAUAGCAGCGAGCACUUUUUCAGCAGAAACCGUGCUGGUUCUGGUGCUGUUAGCAUGGCAGGCCUCUUUCAGGAAGAUCCUCAACCACGAACUUUCAUCGACCUCAACCUCCCUCAUUUCCCUCCAUAUUUUGAAACUGAGCCCUGCCGAGCAGAGGUUACAUGUGGCCAGGGGAAUUUGAAUCCAAAGGAAUCUUCAUUGCCACUAGAAGAAAAGCAGCAGGAUGAUGAUUCUUCACUGGAGAUUAACAGCAAAUCUAGCAAGCAGGAUCCUACUCUGAACUCCCGAAGGCAGAGCACUAGAAACCGGCCACCUACUACGAAAGCACUAGAAGCUCUUGCUUGUGGAUUCCUUAGCACAAAGCGCAAGGGAAGGGGUACAAAGGCCUCUGCAUCAAGUAAUUUGGCAUCCAGAUUGUCACGCCAAGCACAAAAAUCUGUUGGAGCUCCUCCCUCUGCUCCUUAUCCCGAUUCCUUUAUCCCUAACAUUGCAGCCUCUAAUGAUGGUAACAGCCAAGAGUAUGACAUUCACAAAAGCCAUGCAAGCAUUUUCAGGAGGACCUUUAUUCAGCCUGAGAGGAAAGAGACUCAGGAGUUACUUGGCAUACUUUGA